AUGCUAGACGUGCUUCCGUCGGAGCUUGUUAUAGCGACACUCUCGUAUACCCCUCUUCAAACGGUGGCUGUCCUCUGUCGAGUGUCUCCGGCGUGGCAGGCUUUCAUCACCUCAAACGAGUCUUCCAUCUACCGAAACGCCGCAUACUUCCACAACUUCAUCACCCACAAUGAUGCAGCUUUCGAUAAUGUUCUCGAAGAAAUUCAUGGGAAACUGUGGAAUGGAGUACAGUCUUGGAAAGAGCUCUGUCGACGUCGGUUCCAGCUAGAGAAGAAUUGGAUGGGGCGUGGACGAUCUGUUCUGCGUAACUUGUCGACCGGGAGAGAUGAUAUUCAUCGCAUCAAAGUCGAUGAGCGGCAUCAGUUCUUGAUCACCACUCACAUGAAAGGUACGUUACGGCUCCUGCAUAUCUUGUACAGAGAAUCAUUAUUUUGGCUAUCAGGUGGCCUCAGGGUCUCCAAUCUGUUUCCGACCUAUACAAUAUGGAGCUUAUCUGCGGAAUACGUGCGUGCUCAUGCGCACUGCGAGUACGACAAUGGCUUCCUGGUAUUCGACCGCUUAGGUCAUGCGAAGGAGAUCUGGCGCCUCGUCUGCGACGCCCCAGAAGGCGAGACCGCUUCGCGCGCACCUCCAGACGACAAACAGACCAAGUAUUAUAAACAAGCUUACGCUCGGAACUUUACCACCGGCGACAAUCGAGGACACUUCCGGCCGUGGGCACUCAUCUCAUAUCCGGAGAAGACCUUGGCAUUCCGCUUCGUGUAUCCUACUUUGCUCACAUCGGGAGAGCAUCACAUGUAUCUUCACGACGUCCGUACGGGGGAACAAAUCCGAGUCUUGGAGAACGCCGUCCUGGACUCGUCUCCAGCGUGGAAUAUGGUCACGUACCUGGAGCUAAGUGAGCGACAUGUCUUUAUCGCUACGGAGGACUGGGUGCGGGUGUUCUCGCGAGCGGAUGGGUCGCAACUCUUGACUCUUCGCAAGUCGGCCCAGGACAGUUAUCAUCAUAUUACGGUCGAACCAAAGAAGUUCCCCUCCCGCCUGUCUUCCGAUGCCGUUCUGGUUCCGCAAGUCUUAAAGCAUGGAAGGGACAAUGAAGUCGGAAACGAAUUCGUUGCAGGUAGGUUUCGCAAUCUUCGAUGUGAUAUCGCUGUGUAG